UUCUCUCGUGUCGCCACCAGAGGGGUGGGGCCUUCCCGUCAGUCAUCCCGUCAGUCCAUCGGUUCUCCGCUCCUUCCCGGGACCGGAGCUUGACUGGGGCCGCAACCGCUGCGACUCGUGAGGGAAGAUGGCGCCGGCGGCGGAGGAGCGGGGACUGAAGAGCGUCGUGUGGCAGAAAAUAAAAACAACAGUACUUGAUGACUGUAAGAAGGAAGGAGAGUGGAAGAUAAUGCUUUUAGAUGAUUUUACCACUAAGCUUUUGGCAUCAUGCUGCAAAAUGACAGAUCUUCUAGCAGAGGGUAUAACUGUUGUGGAAAAUAUUUAUAAGAAUCGAGAGCCUGUCAGACAAAUGAAAGCACUUUAUUUUAUCACCCCAACAUCAAAGUCUGUAGAUUGUUUUUUACGUGACUUCUCAAGUAAAUCAGAGGGCAAGUACAAAGCAGCAUAUGUAUACUUCACUGACUUUUGCCCUGACAGUCUCUUUAACAAAAUUAAGUCUUCCAGUUCCAAGUCAAUAAGAAGAUGUAAGGAGAUAAAUAUAUCUUUCUUUCCAAUUGAAUCUCAAGUAUUUACUCUUGACAUACCAGAUGCAUUCUAUUAUUGUUACAGUCCAAAUACAGGCAGUGCAAAUGACAAAGAUGCCAUUAUGGAAGCAAUAGCUGAGCAGAUAGUUACUGUAUGUGCUACUUUGGAUGAAAAUCCUGGAGUCAGAUAUAAAAGCAAACCUUUAGAUAAUGCCAGAAAACUUGCUGAACUAGUUGAAAAAAAACUUGAAAACUACUACAAGAUUGAUGAAAAAAGCCAAAUAAAGGGUAAAACUCAUUCUCAGCUCUUAAUAAUUGAUCGUGGCUUUGACCCAGUGUCCACUGUACUUCAUGAACUAACCUUCCAAGCAAUGGCAUAUGAUCUGCUACCAAUUGAGAAUGAUACAUACAAAUAUAAAACAGAUGGACCUAAUGGAAAAGAGAAGGAAGCGAUCCUUGAGGAAGAUGAUGACCUCUGGGUCCAAAUUCGACAUCGGCAUAUUGCAGUUGUUUUAGAAGAAAUUCCCAAGCUUAUGAAAGAAAUUUCAUCCACAAAGAAGGCAGCAGAAGGGAAGUCAUCCCUUAGUGCUCUUACACAGCUGAUGAAAAAGAUGCCCCAUUUCCGCAAGCAGAUUACUAAGCAAGUGGUACAUCUUAACUUGGCGGAGGAUUGCAUGAGUAAGUUCAAGCCAAAUAUAGAAAAGCUGUGCAAGACAGAACAGGACCUGGCUCUUGGAACUGAUGCAGAGGGACAGAAGGUGAAAGAUUCUAUGCGAGUGCUGCUUCCAGUUUUACUCAACAAAAAUCAUGACAAUUAUGAUAAAAUAAGAGCUAUCCUACUUUACAUCUUCAGUAUUAAUGGAACAACCCAAGAAAAUUUGGAAAAAUUGGUCCAGAAUGUAAAGAUAGAAAAUGAGAGUGACAUGAUACGUAACUGGAGUUACCUGGGUGUUCCUAUUGUCCCCCAAUCUCAGCAGGGCAAACCAUUAAGAAAGGAUCGAUCUGCAGAAGAAACCUUUCAACUCUCUCGAUGGACGCCUCUUAUCAAGGAUAUUAUGGAGGAUGCCAUUGAUAACAGGCUGGAGUCAAAGGAGUGGCCUUAUUGUUCCCAUUGCCCCGCAGUAUGGAAUGGGUCAGGAGCUGUAAGUGCUCGUCAGAAACCCAGAACGAAUUACUUAGAGGAUCGGAAGAACGGUUCAAAGCUGAUUGUCUUCGUGAUAGGAGGAAUUACAUAUUCCGAGAUGCGUUGUGCUUAUGAAGUUUCUCAGGCACACAAAUCUUGUGAAGUUUUUAUUGGAUCUACUCAUAUUUUGACACCUCGAAAGCUGUUGGAUGAUAUAAAGAUGUUGAGCAAACCCAAGGAUAAAGUCUCCUUUAAGGAUGAAUAAGUUUUUAUGCUUGAGGAAGCUUGUCUAUACUUUCCACUAAAAUAUACUAAGGAAACAUGGCUGUCAUAUAAUUUAAAUGAUGUAAAUAUGUGUAUUCAAUAACUUCCCAAGACUUUCUUAGGGGCUUUUUUAAUAACUUAUACAUUGCUGCUCUUUAAGGUAUUGAGAUCAGGUAAGGUAUAAAAAUGCUUCCCAAAAUGGAAAACUUUUCACCCUUGAAAUAAUAUUGAACUUUACAGUGAGUUUUCACAGCCACCUGUGUAUAUGCUAAUGACUUGAUAAGGAUAAUCUAUGUUGAAAUUUAGUUUUUAGAAAGAAACAGAUAAAAUUUUAAAAGGCCUUAGGUAAUCAAGGUUGGAAAAGUUAGGCUGUAAAUUUGUCUUUAUGGUAAUAUGAUUUCCAGUGAACAGAAUUUUCUCUUAACUAAAAUUCAAAAUAAAAUAAAAGACUCAAAUCAAUUUAUAGAAAAAAGAAUUUCACAAUUGUCUGGAAAAUACCACAGUUGAUAAGUUGUAUACAAUUUUGAAAUCAUGUGUGUGUUUAAAUUAGAAAGGGAAAGGAAAAAUAACCAUGGAAAGAGAUAAUAAAAUAAACCUUUACUUUGAAAUAUGACAUCUUUGUGUAUCAACUACUUUUGGAUUAAAGUAGGGUUAAUUACACUGUCAUUUGUCACUUAAAGUUAAUUGACUAAAAAAUUAAGUUCUCUGAAUAUCUAAAUGUUCAAAUUUAUACACAAACAUAUUGCCUUUAACUGUAAAAAUAAGUUAUUUGGAACCUUUCCAAGAUAUUUGUAAACAAAAGUCAGAUUGACCCAAAUUUCCCCUAUUUUGUAGAUGUGAAAAAAGAUAGUUUGCUUUGGGGACAAGGGAUGAGAGCUGGGAAUUUUAGCUAGAACUGCCAGAGCCUUAUUUUUUAGUCAAUAAAAUGAGAGGGCUAAAUUUUAUGACCUCUAAUUUCCUUUCCCAAUAACAAGUAAUUAAGUAUCUUAUGUCCCAGGCAUUGUGCUAAGUGCUAGGGGUUCAAAACUAGAAAUAAACAGUCCCUUCCUUCAAAGAACUUAUAUUCUAUGCAGGGAUAUAUCCUAAUACAAAAAUUAAUAUUAACUUUUACAACGUAAUUUGCAGGGAACAGCACAAGCAGCUGUGGGGAAUCAGGAAAGCCUUUGCUUUGGAGGUGGAACUUGAAUUGAGCUUAAAGGGAAACAAAGUUCUAACAGAUGGAAGUGAGGAGAGAAUACCUGGAAUAUGGUAGACCAUCUGUGCAAAAAACAGGGUCUAGGAAGUGACUAUUGUAUAUAAGAAAGAGUAAAAAGGCCAAUCUUGGUGGGCUAUAGGAAGUAAAGGCAAAUAAUAUAUCACUGAGCCAGGAAAGAGGAUUGGGAUUUAUAACAAAUGGGGAUAUUUGUAAUUUAAUCCUGGGUAACAAGCAGACACUGAAAUUUAUGAAUAGGGGGGAAAUGGCAUGGUCAGGGUUAUGUUUUAGAAACAUCUCUUUGGCAGCUGUGUGAAGAUUGGAGAGGGGAGAAAUCUGAUGCAGGGAAACCAGUUAGAAGGCUUUUUUUUUUUUUCAUUAAAUACGCAAAGCAUUUUAAAAUAUUAUCUAAUUUCCACCACCUGUGAGGUAGCAAAGCAUUAUCACAAGAAUUUUCAUGGAACUUAGCAAUACUGAAGUUAGUCAACUAGUAAAUUAAUAUUUAGAGUUUCUAGGGGUACUGUCUUGUAUUUUGCUAUUUCUCUUCUACAUAUGGGGAAAAUUUGAUCUGCUUACCAUUCUACAGAGAAUAAUAUCAGUGCUAGGAUCAACAGUAAUUUUAUAGGCAAAAAGUAAAAAAAAAAACAAAUGUUAUUUUCUCAAAUAUCUCAUUAUUUGCUUUGUAACUAUCCUAAUUUUUAACCAACUUCUAAUAUUAAAGAACAACCAGUAUUUCCCCAACAGAACCCUUUUGUUGAUGUUUAUAGCUUUCUCCUUAAACUCUUAUUUAUAAGUCAGCAAUUUCUCCUAAUUUUCUUUUUCUUUAGCAUGAUGUAUUUUUAAAUUUCUACCCAUUGUCUCAAAUUUACUUAUUCUUUAGCAGUUGACCAGAUUAAAUAAAAAUGCUGAGUAUUUCCUAAACUUCAAAAAAUAAAGCCCAUGUUACCUUA